AUGCUGGAGGGUCAUAGGCGGCCUGUUAAGUCAGUGGUGUUCUCGGGCGAUGGCACGCAUCUGGCGUCGGCAUCAUACGACCGCACUGUCAAGGGUUGGGAUAGCGCCACAGGCCAGUGUCUCUGGACGCUCAAGGGCCAUCGUACAGCCGUUAACUCGGUGGCCUUCUCAGGCGACGGCACACGGCUGGCAUCAGCAUCGAGCGACAAGACCGUUAAGGUCUGGGACAGCGCCACAGGCCAGUGUCUCCAGACGCUCGAGGGCCAUCGGUAUCAAGUCAACUCGGUAGCCUUCUCGGGCGACGGCACACGGCUGGCAUCAGCAUCAGACGACAACACCGUUAAGGUUUGGGACAGCGCUACGGGCCAGUGUCUCCGGACGCUCAAGGGCCAUAGGGGCGACGUUAACUCGGUGGCCUUCUCCGCUGAUGGCACACGGCUGGCAUCAGCAUCGCACGACCGCACCGUGAAGAUCUGGAACAGUGCCACAGGCCAGUGUCUCUGGACACUCGAGGGCCAUAGGGGCUACGUUAACUCGGUGGCCUUUUCCGCUGAUGGCACACGGCUGGCAUCAGCAUCGUACGACCGCACCGUUAAGGUCUGGGACAGCGCCACGGGCCAGUGUCUCCAGACGCUCGAGGGCCAUGACCACUGGGUCAACUCGGUAGCCUUCUCGGGCGACGGCACACAGCUGGCAUCAGCAUCGGACGACCACACCGUUAAGGUCUGGGACAGCGCCACGGGCCAGUGUCUCCAGACGCUCGAGGGCCAUCGCCACCAAGUCAACUCCGUAGCCUUCUCAGACGAUGGCACACAGCUAGCAUCGGCAUCGCACGACGAGACCAUCCAAGUCUGGGACAGCGCGACGUACCAGCGCUUGGACAAGAUCCAGAUCACAGAAGACGUCGUCAAGGCUGCAGCUAGAAACUACAGAAGUGGCCAGGAUAUCAUGGCGCUGCUUCUCGACAAGCGCGGGGGCGAGAUCCAGAUCACAGAAGACGUCGUCAAGGCUGCAGCUGGAAACGAAAGUGGCCAAAAAAUCAUAGCGCUGCUUCUCGACAAGCGCGGGGACGAGAUCCAGAUCACAGAAGACGUCGUCAAGGCUGCAGCUGGAAACUACAGAAGUGGCCAAGAUAUCAUGGCGUUGCUUCUCGACAAGCGCGGGGACAAGAUCCAGAUCACAGAAGACGUUGUUCUAACAAUAAUAAGGAACUUCAACCACAUCAUCGUCAGCCAGCUUCUCGACAAGCGCGGGGGCGAGAUCCAGAUCACAGAAGAUGUCGUCAAGGCUGCAGCUGGAAACUACAGAAGUGGCCAGGAUAUCAUGACGCUGCUUCUCGACAACCGCGGGGACGAGAUCCAGAUCACAGAAGACGUCGUCAAGGCUGCAGCUGGAAACAACAAAAGUGGCCAGGAAAUCAUGGAGCUGCUUCUCAACAGGCGCGGGGACGAGAUCCAGAUCACAGAAGAUGUCGUCAAGGCUGCAGCUGGAAACAACAAGAGUGGCCAGGAAAUCAUGACGCUGCUUCUCGACAAGCGCGGGGACAAGAUCCAGAUCACAGAAGACGUUGUUCUAACGAUAAUGAGGAACUUCAACUACAUCAUCGUCAGUCAGCUUCUCGACAAGCGCGGGGACGAGAUCCAGAUCACAGAAGACGUCGUCAAGGCUGCAGCUGGAAACUACAGAAGUGGCCAGGAAAUCAUGACGCUGCUUCUCGACAAGCCCGGGGACGAGAUCCAGAUCACAGAAGACGUCGUCAAGGCUGCAGCUGGAAACUACAAAAGUGGCCGGGAUAUCAUGGCGCUGCUUCUCAACAGGCGCGGGGACGAGAUCCAGAUCACAGAAGACGUCGUUAAGGCUGCAGCUGGAAACAACGAAAGUGGCCAGGAAAUCAUGGCACUGGUUCUCGACAAGCGCGGGGACGAGAUCCAGAUCACAGAAGACGUCGUCAAGGCUGCAGCUGGAAAUAACGAAAGUGGCCAGAAAAUCAUGGCGCUGCUUCUCGACAAGCGCGGGGACAAGAUCCAGAUCACAAAAGACGUUGUUCUAACAAUAAUGAGGAACUUCAACCACAUCAUCGUCAGCCAGCUUCUCGACAAGCGCGGGGACGAGAUCCAGAUCACAGAAGACGUCGUUAAGGCUGCAGCUGGAAACAACGAAAGUGGCCAGGAAAUCAUGGCACUGGUUCUCGACAAGCGCGGGGACGAGAUCCAGAUCACAGAAGACGUCGUCAAGGCUGCAGCUGGAAACAACAAAAUGGGAAAGAAGUAA